CUCUUUCAUCAUCUCUUUCUCUUCCAAAACCCACCAUUAAUUCGUCGGAAUAGAUGUUAGAGAUUGAUGUCUCCUGUUCUCAGUGAACUUCUCCUGUCCGGAUUUACCAUCAGCUCCUCUCUCCGGCGCCGGACUCAUCUCGUUCAAUCCUUAUCUGUCGUCUUCCUCUACUGGUUCUACGUUUUUUCAUGAAUAACCCUCCCAAAACCUGCACAUAUCUAUAUCUAUUUCUCCAUCCUCAAGUUUAGUUACUUUCUUCUACCUAUACCUAGACCUAGACCUAGACCUAGCUAGCUUCUUUUAAUUUGGUAAUAUUGCGUAUAUGGCUUCUUCAAGUGGGAAUUCGUCUCAGAUCCACCACUCUGGAUCCGAGGAGGAUUUGGUGGGCCUGAGGAAGAGGAAACGAAUGCAAUCAAACCGUGAAUCGGCACGAAGAUCGAGGGUGAGGAAACAGAAACAUCUUGAUGAUCUGACGGAUCAGAUCAACCAGAUGAAGAAGGAUAACACCCAGAUCUUGACCACCAUUGACGUCACCACACAGCAAUUCGUUCAAGUCGAAGCGGAGAACUCGGUUAUAAGAGCUCAGAUGGGUGAGCUGAGCCAGAGGCUAGAUUAUCUCAACGAAAUCAUCAAUCUCAUCAACUGUAGCAGUAGUACAACCACCGCCCCUGGUUUGUUUGAAUUUGAACAGCCUGAUUUCAUGAACAAUCCAUGGAACUUGAUGUACCUUAAUCAACAGCCGAUCAUGGCGUCUGCUGAGAUGUUACAGUACUAGUCAUCAAUGCAUGAUAUAAUAUCGUCCUACUAGGGUUAGGUUUGGUGCUGCUUUCAUGGGUUGUACGUUGAAAUCAAGGCUUGUAUUGGGUGGAGAUUGGGAAAAAGGGGAAUGCCUUUGGCUUGCUUUUCUAUUUUCUAUUUUAUUU